AUGGCAGUCGGCGUGCACCCCGCCACCACACUGCAGCGCUUCAGCGGGGAUGGUCCGUGCAUUGCAUCCCGCACUCCCCCGCUGCCGAUCAAACUCGAAGAGCAGCAGCAGCCCAGCUGCGCCGCCGCCACUUUGGCCGCGGCGCCAGCGCCCUGCGAGCCCGCUCCACCGACGUCUCCUGAUGGCAGCGACUUCAGGGUGGCAGACCUGGUGGACAUGCACUGUGGCCCUUACGGAAGCACGCAGCAACAGAAUGCUGCUGCACAGGUGCUGCAUCCGGACUUCAGGAAUUUUGGCGGGGGCAGAACAUUCUACGGCAGGGUGACCACCAUGAGGCUUACCCGGGACAGCAACACUCUGCUGAGGACGGUCCUACAGGAGGAUGGCACGGGGCGAGUGUUGGUGGUGGACAACGGAGCAUCCAUGCGGUGCGCCUGCCUGGGCGACGUCCUGGCGACUCUGGCACACAAGUCAGGCUGGGCUGGCAUCGUCGUCAACGGCUGCGUCCGUGACGUUGCUCAAGUGGCGCGGAUCCCAGUGGGCAUCCAAGCGUUAGCCAGCAACCCCAUGAAGCCUGGCAAGGGCGCUCCGGGCCUGGUGGAUGCGCCGGUGGAUGUCGGAGGGGUGACCAUCCGCCCCGGCAACUGGCUGUUUGCGGAUGAAGACGGCAUCCUGGUGUCCCCCGAGCAGCUGCCGCUGCCCAGCAAGGAGGAGGCGGCGCAGCUGGCUGCUGACUACCUUGCCCAGUGA